AUGACUACCGUCCUCCCCGUCAACGCAGCUGCUGAUGUUUCCCGAUCCCCCAGUGAGUCUACUUAAACACUUCCGAAGCGACGGCCUAGUCGACUCCAAGUUGACCCCUUCCAUUAUAACUCGACUUGCCACCCCUUCUUGCCCACGUCUUCCAAAGCCUACACGGAGAAACCUCGCAGCGCUCCCAUCUCCGAAGCCACUCAAGCUAGUGCUGCAACACCCGCCGCCACCACAGCCACCGUGAGAACUAGCCUCAGCUGACCCAUCUCGCUCCGUACGUGACUACGUGUCCACCCACGAGAAUGAUCAACGGUCAACACGGUCGAUCAAACUUGCCCAGCUUGGGUCGCGCGCCGGAAUUCCGAUUCGAUGAGGUCGUUCCUGGCGCGACGUUCAUUUUAUUCACGCGCUUUUGUCUGCAUUUUGUCUGACUCUAGCCCGCUGCAGCUGCUUCAAGCGCCCCAGUUGUUUCGGUCAGCGACUUGAAGGAACAUGAGGCCAAGCAAAAGGAUUUCAAGAAGGUCAGUUUCGGUCGCGGCGGAUCACCAAGGCACGGCGAGAGUCGAGAGUUGGACAUCGUGCGAGGUCACGAGAUCUCUUCCGAAACUCGAGCGGUGCGCUCUUGUUAAUACUGACAACCGUUCUUGUUUUGCACAUGGGCAGAUCGAAAAGGUGGUGAAGCAGGAAGAGAAGAAGGACGUCAAGCAACUCAAGGUGGUUGAGAAGGAUGCCAAGUCCAAAAUCAAGAAGGAGGCCAAGGCGGCAAAGGUCAGUUCCCCUCGGUGGCGGUCGAUGCUGUUGGCUCGCUUCUGAUCCUCCAACUUUUGGUCUUUCAGGAACUCUCCAAGCUGCAGAAGAAGGUUGACAAGGUCAGUUCUUCUCCGCGACUUUACGCGUAUGCCCCGUUUCUGGCCCCAAGCUGAGACUCGGUCCUCUGGCACCCAACUUCACCAGGCCAAGCUCAAGGAAGUCAAGCACCAGAAUGCCUUAACCCAAGCCCAGGCCAAAUACGACGCCUCGUUGACCAACUUGACGAUGUUGACUGAACAACUGGAUGUCAAAAAGGAGGACCACGCGAGGCUGAGAGCGUUGAGGGAUAACAAGAAGGCGACGCUCGAACAGGUCAUGGCUGUGAAGGAGGAGAACGAUGCGACGAGGAAGGCUGUGUUGGAUCAGGCUGCUCCCGUACUGGGUCAAUCAUAA